UGCUACUCCAGACUGAGGCUCAGGGUGCCUCCAGCGCUCCACACGAGCCUUUACAACACACAGAGAUAUUUCUGCUGUCGGGACUGCUACACCUGCUCUGCUGCUCAGCUGAGACAAGACUCUAACAGAGGAGACACUUAAAGGAGAAGAUCGUUCUUCUUUUCUGGGAAAAUGAAACUUGAAGUUUUCUCUGCGCACCACUUCGCGCAGAAGCCGCUGGAGUUGUGUAUGGACGCGGAGGAGGGAGUCCCGUCUCCUCUGUCCGGAGACGAGCUGGGGUCGGACGGGGACUGCGUAGCCAACAGCCCGGCACCUGUCACCCAGGGCGUCGACGGCAGCAAAGGGAAGCCAUACACCCGCAGACCCAAGCCCCCUUACUCCUACAUUGCCCUCAUCGCCAUGGCCAUUCGGGAGUCAAGCAGCGGCCGCCUCACUCUGGCAGAGAUCAACGACUACCUGAUGAAGAAGUUCCCGUUUUUCCGCGGUAGCUACACCGGCUGGAGGAACUCGGUGCGCCACAACCUAUCACUCAAUGACUGCUUCCUCAAAGUGCUGCGGGACCCGUCCAGGCCCUGGGGCAAGGACAACUACUGGAUGCUCAACCCGCACAGCGAGUACACCUUCGCCGACGGGGUGUUCCGGCGCAGGAGGAAGCGCAUCGCCAAGAGAAGCAGCAAGGAGCCGGAGAGCCCGGACAUCCUCAGCGAGGACACCCGCCUCCCCGCCACGGAGGAGAGGGUGGGGGCCAAGUUCUCCAGCCCCUUCGCCAUUGACAGCAUCCUGAGCACACCUUUCAAACGGAGGGAGGACAGCCACGUUGAGGCAGACACCCACGCCCCCCGGCUCUACUGGCCCCCAGGGGCCCAUGUACUGCCGUAUCCUCUGAACUAUCCGGCACAACACUUGUACCUGUCAGACGCGGCGUACAGCAGCACAGAGCCCAGCAGGGAAGCACUGACAUACCUCCAGCAGACAGCACCGGGCAUGACCGGACCCGAGCCCGCGUUCAAGAUGCCCAACAAGGCACGAGGUUUCCAUAUAGACUCUCUGCUGUCAUGAAACGUCUGGACUGGUGUCAGACUUGUAUGUUUUGACCCAUGAUGUGCACUUUUGUGGGCGCUCUUAGCUUUCAGUGCUUUAGCUGUUUAACUGUGUGGGAGUCUGUGUGUCUGUCUCAUCUUGACUACUGUAAGUCAUUUUGCAGUAAAAAAAAAAAAACAAAACAAAACAAACAAAAACAAAAAACAAACAAACAAACAAACAAACAAA